AUGGGAGGUACUUUACCAAUUCAAACUUCACCUAUCGCGAUAAUGAAUACAGUAACAGCAGAAUGCCCCAUAUGUCUAAUGCCAUAUGACUCUGACCUUGUUAUCCCAAAAAUGACCAAAUGUGGUCACACAGCAUGCUCUCACUUCCCCUUCCUUAGUGAGCAAAAUUAUUGGUAGACUCUGCUUAAACUGGCAAAAUUUUUUAUAUUAAAAUAUAAUUAAUAUCUAUUAUAAUGGAAUCUUUAACUAAAUCUAUUAAAUUUUAAUAAACAACUUGCAUUCUAAAACAUAAAUUUUUAACUUUCACAUUUUGUAAAUCGGUUUUUAAUUUGAAAACAAAUUGAUAUAAAAUUUUAAUUAUGAUUAUUUAUUGAGGUGGAGAGCCAGUGCUUAGAAAAAUUGAAGUCAGACCUAGGCUCGAUAUGCUCAAUAUGCAAAUCUCUAGAUCCAGAAAGCAUCAAAAAUCUUCCUACAAACUAUGCUUAUUUACUUACUUACUUAGGUUUUUAAAGUGUCUUCCCUCUUCCGCAGGGUGAUUUAGGCAUGCAUAGCCCACCCUUUUAAAUCCCAACUAGUGACGUCAGCAGCAAUCCUCCCUAUAUGUAGGCAUUCCAGAAGACUUCCCUUUGUCAGGCCAGAAGGUCCGUACUGGCCGCGUUGGCCUCGCCCGAACUUGACUCCUGCGCGUGUUCCGCCUAAGGGUCACCCCUCCUCGGGUGUGUCAAGCAGCAAAACCAGGUGCUUGUAGUAUCCUGGACCAAAGAAAUACCCUAUGCGGUAUUUCCAUAUUGGUGUUGUGGAUAAAUGCCCACGUGGAAAACUGAACCCUAUAAUAAUAAAAGUGAAGGAAGGAAUAGUUCUCGGAGAGAACUAAUUCCGCACUGAGCCAUUUUAUUAUUAUUCCUAUAAACUAUGCAAUAUUGCAAAUCAACGAAACUCAAUUAAAAUCAACAAUGUGUAUUACACAUGGGCUUGAAUAUGGGUGCUAUUGCAAAAAGGACAAUAAGCUUCUGUGUUGGAAUUGUGCUGAUGAGCACAUUAACCAUAAAUGUAUACCAUUGAAUAGCUCAAAAGCUGAUCGAAUCAUUGAAAAAAUUAGUAAUAAAUUUAUUAUUGAACAAGAGUUUCUUCUAAAUCUCCCCUCCGUGAGCGAACAAAAUCUUAAUCUUAAUCUUAAUUACGAGAUUAUCAGCUGCUAAGCUGUUACUUGUUAACGCAGUCACCCAGACCCGAAGGUUCCUACGCUUUGCGACUUCCGCCUACAGGACUCUGAUUUUACAGCUAGCCUAUUCUGUGGUCGUCUCUCUCCUUGCAAGCUACCACCUUGCUUCAGUGUUGAGUGAGCAGAUUUAGGAAUUCUGCGGCCUUGCUUGAGGCUGUGAGAUACGAGGUUACCCAUUCCGAAAAUUUGAAUAACAAAAUUUUCUGGUAGGGCUGUCGGCUAAAAAGGAAAUCCAAGCCCAGGACGCAACGCCUGGUAUCACGCUAGGGAGUUGCCCGAUUGAUCAGGAGAUACCUCCUGGUGCUGCUGAGCUUCCCCUUUCCAACUUGGAAGACCCUUUUUCCCCGAGGUAAAACCCUUGGUGUCAAAAUGAGCUGCGGUCGACCAAAUUCGAAGUUGCGCUCCAUUGAGCCAAGGUAAAACCCAGCCGGAUACACACUCCGAGUGCCUUUUCCCCUUCCACAAGGUCCCCGGAUGCCCGGCUACAGGUGUUGAGGAAAAGCGCUGGUUCUCCAGUCGCCAUUUUAAUAUAUAUGAGCGAACAAAAUCAUUAGAAAAAUUCCAAUUUCUGGGUAAAAAAUCACCCUCCGUAAGCGAACAAAAAAUUUAUUUAAUAUAAAAAGUUUUGUAUGAAAAAUAUUUUGAUAUAUAAAUCAUAAAUGAUAGAAUAAAAUUCCAGCUAAUUCUUUUGAAUUUUUAAUAGCUUGCAUUUUAAAACAUAAAUUCUACAAAUUAAAUUAAUUUUUAUUUUAAAUUUUUCCAAAUUGGGAUUUUUUAAAUUUAUAUGUAUAUAUUUUUUUAAAAAAUUAACCCCCUUAUGACAAAAAAUUUUUUUUGUUUGCUCACAGAGAAGAGGAGUAAAGAAAAUAGAAGACGUGGAAAAAAAUAAAUCUGAGCUACAAAAAUGCAUGCAGGAGGUCGAAAAAUGUCUGGAAGAUCAUAUAAAUGAGUUAAAUAAAGCAAGGGAUGGACUGAUUGAAAAAAUAAAUACAGCGACUAAUGAAUGCAUUAAAAAAGCUGAAAAGCAGUCAAGAAAAUCAAAGAUUUUAUUAGCAGAACAGUCUAUGCAAGCUGUUAUUAACGAGAUAAAUAUUGAAUACCACAAGAUAAUGGAGCAGAAAGAAAAAUAUGAAAAAUCCCCCAAAGAGAAAAAACUACUCGUUUCAAAAAUGAAGACAUCAAAGAGGAAAAGAUGACUACUGCCUUCAGUCACAAAGUUUUCCCACGUUCCUGAUGAGUUUAAAGGGAUGAAGAACCAUUCAGACGAUAUUUUAUGUGAGUUUGAAAAACUUUUAAAUCAAGAAGUCACGCUUUAA